ACCGUGUCAGUUUUCGGAAUCCCAGCGCGCACGGUUUGGCGCGGUGGGACUCAAGCCCGGCUUCGUGCCCUGGCUGUUGCCCUCUUUGGCUGGGCGAUCCGUCUCUCUCGCUGCCCUCCGGGCCCGGGCUCUCCGCGAUUCUCCUCGACACCGCUCCGCUCUGAAAGACUUUGUUUCCUCCUUUUCUCUCUUUGUUGAUCUGCAAACCGGCCUCUGCACCCCGACUACUCUGGGAGUUGCAACUCCAGCCCCAACACCGUGUCUGCGUUCGCUCGGGAAAGCCGACCUUCACUUCAUUGAUGCACCCAUUCCAGUGGUGUAACGGGUGUUUCUGUGGCCUGGGACUGGUUAGUUCCAACAAGUCCUGCUCAAUGCCACCUAUCAGUUUCCAAGACCUUCCCCUCAACAUCUACAUGGUCAUCUUCGGCACAGGCAUCUUCGUCUUCAUGCUCAGCCUCAUCUUCUGCUGCUACUUCAUCAGUAAACUCCGGAACCAGGCACAGAGCGAGCGAUAUGGCUACAAGGAGGUGGUGCUCAAAGGUGAUGCUAAGAAGUUACAACUCUAUGGGCAGACCUGUGCAGUUUGUCUGGAAGACUUCAAGGGGAAGGAUGAACUGGGAGUGCUCCCAUGCCAGCACGCCUUUCACCGAAAGUGUCUGGUGAAGUGGCUAGAAGUACGUUGUGUCUGCCCCAUGUGCAACAAGCCAAUUGCUGGCCCCACAGAGACCUCGCAGAGCCUUGGGAUCCUGUUGGAUGAACUGGUGUGAGCGCUCCUCACACAUGAACACUGGAGGAGAACACUUCCUUGGUGGGCACCUGACUUCCUCUACAUAAUGAACAAGACUUUGGGGUGGCAAAGGCAAGGGUGGCAUGGCUGGGCUUCUACCAGCAUUGCCAGACCACUACCAGACUCUGCCUCUCGGAGCUCCUCUCCCUGUUACCAACUUCCAAAGGCCUCAUCCAGGCCAUCUACUCUACCCUGGUACUGGACUGACUACCCACCUGCCUCCUCCUUGCCCCGAGAAGGCGGUCAAUCCUGUGACUGUGAACAUGGGCACUUCCCUUUGGAGAACAAGCAACUCUCACCA